AUGCGACUAGAAGCUGAGCUUCCUCCCACUGCAGAUGGGAACCAUGCCACCUCUCAGCUAGUUCUAAUGACUGCUGAAGGAAAUCUGUGGAAUUCAAAGAAGCAAGCCUACGAAAAAGUCCUCUUUUUCUUCGAUUCUGGGGCACAAAAGACCGUGAUAACAGAAAGAGUGGCCGAUCAAUUCGGACUCCCAAAACUGACUACAGAAAUCUGUACUAUGUCAGGAAUUGGAGGCCACAUAGAGAAUUUCGAAAGCCAUGUAGUUACAACAAAAGUAUCUACUGCAUUCGGCGAGGAGUUAGAAUUGAGAGUUCAGACAAAGCCGGUACUCACGAAUGGCUUUCCUAGUGUCAAGCUGACUAAUGCCGACAUCGAAUUCUUAAAGGAGAACAAUAUAUGUCUCUCAAACUCCAAGUUAAGAGGGGAGCUUCAAACUCCUCAUAUCCUAGUCGGCCUAGACUACUACCACGAGUUGGUCUCAGGUCCAAGUCAUACUAUAAAGACACCCUCUGGGCUUCAUAUUGCUCGAACAAUAUUUGGGCCU